AUGGACCCAACUGCCGCAGCGCGGAGAAGACGGCGCCGUCGGGUUGCUGAAGAGAAACGAAAACGAGCUGCUCGAGCAGAAAGAUCUCCUCUGAAAGAGAACUUGCAAAGCUUGCGUUCUCCGGCGAACGCACCAGAUGCCUCAUCAAGCCAUGCCAAAAACAGCCCUCGGAACAACAUCUUUGCUGACAGCCCCGAGCUGUUAUCACCAGAGUCUGCAUUAUCACAAGGCCUUGUCAAACAUGUCGUUGCUGAUAACUCGAGACGAGUUCAGUGGCCCAAUAUUCUUUCGCGGCUUCGCGAAGCGUUCUCCCUGGACUCGCAGGCAGCCCCUGAAGAACGCGACAUGGUCGCCAUGCAAGCACGGAUGAUAAAACCCAAAGCAUUGCACUCUUAUGAGUUGACAAGACUUCGUGCUGCAAUAGAUGCUUUUCCUCCACGCCCUGUCGCCGACUUCCUUCUUUCUGUAUUCACAAAGCACGCAACAGACAUGUUCUUCUACUUUGAUCAAGCUCAAGUUACGAAGGACAUUGAUGAAUUUUACACGAGCCCGACCUCUGGAUUAAGGUCUGAUCCAAGCUUUAUUGGCUUGGCAAUGGCUACAUUCGCUCUCGCUAGUCAGUGGACAACGCUAGAACGACUGGAAGGAUCCGAUAUUAUUCGCAAUCGGGAAAGCUCUGACCUUGGAAGAGUAUUUCAUUGCCAUGCCAAGACUCUCAUGCCUGACAUACUAGAUCGAUCUUGCUUGAGAUCUAUCCAAGCGCCGUUUGUGCUAGGUGUAUAUCUCAUGCCGGCAAACGCGAUUGGCUCAUCUUAUGUCUAUAUGGGCAUGGCUUUGCGUAAAGCGCUAACUUUUGAUCUCCAUCUGAACUUGGAGGAUCAGGGAAUAGAGGAGCGAGAAAAGGAGAUACGGAGGCGCCUUUGGUGGACAAUUUAUUCCCUCGAACGUUGUACUACAGUGAAGCUCAACAGGCCACGUUCUAUCAGUGCCGAGAUCAUUACAGCUCUACCUCCUUCUCCAUAUCCUUCUCUGGACCGCCUUCAAACUUAUGAUAAUAUUCACUUCCAAAUAGCCUACAGUCAAUUAAUCAAGAUACUUGAUCAAAUUGCCGACCUCGGAGAUGGUCAAAUGAGUGCAGAGCAGCUUUCGCGCUGUUGCAAGUGGGAGGCUGAUCUCAAAGAGUGGAAGAGGUCUUUGCCUCACAAUUUCAAGCUGGAUCGUAUCGAUCCGAAGGCUCCAAGCUACCGCACAGUCUUCCACCUCUACUUGAAUUAUUAUUAUUCAUGGAUUACUAUGGGCAAAGUUUCACUUGUGACCGUGGCGCGGUCCAGGAUUCGGCAGCAUCUCCACCCUGAGCGCCAAUCACCCCGAGUUUGUGACACCGUGAGAAGGCUUUCUGAUUCCUGCACAAAAGCUGCCAGGAAACUCUUGCAGCUAUUCGAAAGUCUGACGAACACGCAAAACAUCACGCGUUUUUCUUUCACCGACUUCCAGGGUUGCAGUAUCGCAACUAUAGUGACUUUAGUUACUGGCAUCUUAGAUCGGGAUUCAGGGUACGAAGCUCGAGUAGCGUUCGGUCUGGAUUGUUUAAGAAGAAUGGCCGCAGGAAAUAUGACAGCUCAAAUGGGUGUCAGGUUUGUCGAAGCUGUGCGCUCCAUCACGAACGAGGCCGCCGCGAAGCUUCAUUGCACUAGCUCCUGUAAGGAAGCGCAUGAGCGGAAUGUGGACUCUAACUCAACCGCUGCUUAUAACCAAUGGGCUGAGUGGCUCACUGUUCAAGAACAAGAGGAUACAGCCUGUCUCACUCUGGAUGAUCUAGGACAAUUACAGACAUGUUCGGUGUCUCAAUCCGGUACUAGUCCAUUGUCAUCAUGGCAAGUAAUCGAUGAUGGAAUGUUUCCGAGUGCAUCUUCAUUGCCACGGCAUCCUGCCAGAGUAUCGGGAAAUCAGCAAUGGCUAGAAGCUCCAGACCAGGAUCUAUUUUCAGGAAUUCAUGGUAAUGAGCAGACAUUAUUGAUGGGUCUCACUGGGUUGGAUGCUCUGGACUUCUCAGGACUGACAGACCAAUUGUAA